AUGUCGAACAAUCAAGUCCACGAUGAGAACAUAUUAGGCUCGGCUAUGUCAUCUGAGAAACAUCCUCCACCGGGACAAGUAUCCUCCUCCGAAGCCCCAAAGAGAGUCUCAGAAGUCGCCACUGGUGAGAAUCAAGAAGCAGCUCCCCGAGAAAAUACUCUUCCAAUCCUCAAUUUGAUAUUAAUUGGUGCCGCAUUAUGGUUUUCUAUCUUUUUGAUCACUCUGGACGGGACGAUCGUGGCCAAUGCCAUCCCAACAAUUACCGAUGAGUUUCAUAAGAUUUCAGAUGUAGGAUGGUAUGGGAGUGCGUACCUCCUCACUCAGGCCGCAUUCCAACUUCUAUACGGCAAGAUCUAUGCCAAGUUUUCAAUCAAAUACACCUUCAUCGCUGCUAUUUCCGUCUUCGAGCUUGGGUCCCUAGUAUGUGCCCUCGCACCAAACAGUACUGCCCUGAUCAUUGGACGUGCCGUCUCAGGCUUCGGUGGCGCAGGCAUCACCUCUGGAAGCAUGGCCAUCAUCGCCUACUCCGUCCCCUUACGUCUCCGCCCUCUAUUUAUCGCGUCUUUCGGCAUUGUAUUCGCCGUAUCGUCUGUCUGUGGUCCUCUGCUGGGCGGAGUCUUCACCAGCAAACUAACCUGGCGAUGGUGCUUCUACAUAAACCUACCAUUUGGAGGUUUCACCAUUCUGGCUAUUCUUCUCGUCCUCAGGGAACCUAAGCGGCCAGAGUUGGAUUCAAUCGCUCUUGGAAAGAAACUCCAAAGUAUUGACUUCCUAGGUACGUUGCUGCUCGUUCCCGCCAUCGUUUGCCUCCUUCUGGCCCUGCAAUGGGGUGGAUCAAAGUAUUCGUGGAGUAAUGCUCGCAUCAUCGCCUUACUGGUUCUUUUCGGUCUUUUAUCUGCUGCUUUCAUUGCAUUCCAACACUGGAAGGGAGAAGAGGCUACUUUGGUUCUUCGUCUUUUGGCCAGUAGGAGCGUGCUGGCAGCUUCCUGGUACGGCUUCUGCAACGGAGGUGCCAUGACACUGCUUGUGUAUUACAUUCCCUUUUGGCACCAAGUUAUCCAUGGCGUGAGUGCUGUGGAUUCGGGAAUUAGACUCCUACCUUUCAUGAUCGGAGUCGUCAUCACGGUGAUGCUUGCUGGGGCUAUCGUGUCCAAAUUUGGCUAUUAUACAAUCUUCUUAAUUCUUUCAUCUAUCAUCACGCCUAUUGGGGAGGGGCUGUUGACAACGUGGAAAGUGGACACGGGAUUCUCAGAAUGGGUCGGCUACCAAGCAUUGAUCGGCUUAGGAAUCGGCUUAGGCCAGCAACAGCCACUCGUUGCGAUCCAGAACGUCGUACCAAAGGCAGAGAUUGCAUCGGGGACGGCCAUAGUCAUGCUGGUCCAACUCCUGAGCGGCUCCAUCUUUGUCUCUGUUGGGCAAGCAGUCUUGCAGAACAAGUUGGUGGAGAAUUUGGCGAAGGCGUUCAGUGACCGUGGCGACUUUGAUCCGUCUCAAAUCGCGAAUGCUGGAGCCACGGACGUAUUGUCAAUCGUCCCGGCUGACGACUUGCCAGCAGUCUUAGAGGCAUAUAACAGGGCUCUGGUGCAGGUGUACACGGUCGCCCUCGUGCUGUCGGCGCUGACCAUUUUUGGCAGCGUGGCUAUGGAGUGGAAGAGUGUCAAGAAAGAGGGAGACAAGCCCUCGGAGGAGGGCUCGUCAGAGAAAUGA